UGUAGUAUGACGUCAGAAAACGUAAAAGUCAUAGCAAGAUGUCGGCCAAUGAACACAAGAGAGCGAGCUCUCAGUUGCAAGAACGUAGUAUUUAUAGACUCCGAGAAAUGUUCUUGCUCGAUUGUAAAUCCAACAGACAGCUCGGCGCCUCCAAAAACGUUUACUUUCGACGGCGUUUACGGCUGCGAUUCCAGUACGGAGCAAAUAUACAACGACAUUGCAUAUCCAUUGGUAGAGGGCAUUCUUGAAGGUUACAACUGUACGGUGUUCGCUUAUGGACAAACAGGAUGCGGAAAAAGUUUUUCAAUGCAGGGAGUGGACACACCACCAAGUCAACGGGGAAUUAUUCCGAGAGCUUUCGAACACGUCUUCGAGGCUAUAUCGGUGACGGACGAUGUAAAAUUUUUGGUACUUGCUUCUUACAUGGAGAUAUACAAUGAAGAAGUCAGAGACCUUUUGAGCGCAGACACCAAAAAGCGUUUGGAGCUAAAAGAAAAUUCCGAAAGAGGAGUCUAUGUACAAGAACUGUCUCAUCACGCUGUGCACAACGUAGUUGAGUGUCAAAAACUGAUGGAACAAGGAUGGAGGAACCGGGCUACCGGAGCCACCAUGAUGAAUGCUGAUUCUUCUAGGAGCCAUUCGAUUUUUACUUUAUCUGUAGAAAUGAUGUCAAUGUCACACGACGCCGAAGAAGUCAAAUCGAUUAAACGUGGUAAACUGAGUUUAGUCGAUCUGGCAGGCAGCGAGCGACAAGCAAAGACCGGUGCUUCGGGCAAUCGACUCAAAGAAGCCACCAAAAUCAACCUUUCCCUGUCGGCUCUGGGCAACGUUAUUUCGGCCCUAGUCGACGGAAAAGCCAAACACAUACCCUACAGAGACUCCAAGCUAACCCGGUUACUUCAAGACUCACUUGGCGGCAACACAAAGACCUUGAUGAUCGCUUGUCUAUCACCCGCCGAUAACAAUUAUGACGAAACCCUGUCAACGCUGAGGUACGCUAACCGCGCUAAGAACAUUUACAACGAACCACACGUGAACGAAGACCCCAAGGACACGAUGUUGCGCCAAUACCAGGAGCAGAUAAAAAAACUUAAAGAAUUGUUGGACGCAUCCAACGCUCAAUUGCCUAGCAGCAAUAACGUAAACGAUAUUUCGGAAAAAGAAAAAUUACGAUUGGAGUACCAAAAAGAAAUGGUAAAAUUAAGAGAUAAAUACCAAGAAGAAUAUAACUCUAAAUGUCAGAUGCAAGCGGAUUUAAAAGCGCUGAAAGAAAAAUACGAUAAAAACUUGGCAAAAAUCGAUUUCCGGAGCGAUAACAGGACGCCGUCACCGCAGCAAAUUGUCGAAAAAGCUCUUAAUAACAACAAAGUCGAGUUGAAUGCAACGCAGCAGGAAAUAAUUAAAAGGUUAAAAAAGCUCCAAGAAAGCAUGGUCGGAGGAGAAAGAGUAAACGACAAAGAACUCCGAGAACAUCGGCUGCGCAAGAAAAAAGCCGCCGAGAGACGGCUGAACGCGUUGGCCAGAGCAUUUGCAAAUGUCGAGACCGAAGAAGGUCCCAACUUGGUGUUACACGUGUACGACGAUAUCCAAGAGGAACUAAGGGUCAAAAACGAAGCGCUGAAGAAGUACAAACAGAAACUAAAAGCGUCCGACCGAGAGAUCGCAGACAUCCAGAGCGAGUUCGAAAAUGAGAGAACGGACUACCUGGAAACUGUUAGAAAACAAGAGCGGCUGAUCAAAUUGCAAAGUCAAAUUCUAGACAAAAUUGUGCCAACCCUAUCAAAAGAAUGUAAUUACAGCAAUAUAGAAAGGCUGAAAGAAGACGCCGAGUGGGACGAAGACACGCAGAGCUGGUCUCUGCCUGAGCUGACUAGGAUAAAACUUCCACCGGCUUCUGGUGCGACAGCGGUAAACCGACAAUCUGCCAACUCGCUGACAGCUCCGGCUAGAUUAGAAAACUCAAUUAGUUCGUUGGCCGUGCACACGUUCCUGCCUUUACAGAAAUUCCAACGGUCCGCAGAAGACGAUUUUGCCGGCAACUAUUUCAAACCGAAACGAGCCACCGAACUACUGAUACAAGCCCACGAAGAAUCCGGAAGGCCGUUUCAUAAAUGGAAAGGACAUAAUAGGAUAUCAUCAGAGAGUACAGUUAAGAAACCAUCAAGAUUAGAGUCGUUGCCGAUCAUCAGUGACCGUAAAACACAACAAAAUACUUUAGAUCGGAUAUAA